CGUUGAAUUAUUCACCCUCAUCCCCUGGACCUUCAGAGGGGUUGUCAGCCACCUCCAAACAAAAACAUCCCCACCCAUAUGACUCACAGUGAUUAGAUCCUCGAUCAGCAUUAGUGUUAAAUUCUCUCUCUCGAAUUAACUCUGUGCUCGGGUAAACGAUGACGGAAGUCAAGAAGGACGACGUCGUCAAGAUUCUGCACACCUACCCCCUGUGUCGGAAAUGUGACAUGACAGACGAGAUGAAGCAGGAAGCUAUGGAAUUGUGCGUAACGGCGGCUGAAAAAUAUGCCGACAAUUAUGAAAAUGUUUCACGAAUGAUCAAGGAGACGAUGGACAAAAAAUUUGGCGCCUCCUGGCAUACGGUCGUCGGCGAGGGGUACGGUUUCGAGAUAACGUAUCAGUUAAAACAUCUCCUGUACAUGUACUGUGCGGGGAAUUUGGCAAUUUGCAUAUGGAAAUCGGCUUGAAAA